ACACCUCAUUUAACAUUUAGCGUUGUUAUGGCAAAUUAGUCGUGUGGUAUCAUCUCUGCGUAAGGUGCUACUACUUUUCAAUAAAAUAUUGAAUUUGUUUAUUCAUCAUAAUUGGAUAGAGUAUAAGGUGCUUUUUCAUCUUAUACAAUAGAACUAUCAGGAAAUAGUAAAAUACAUUUUAAAAUCAUUUUUAAAACUUCAAUAUGGAACUAAAAGUAUGGGUUGAAGGCAUACAACGGAUUGUUUGUGGAGUUACGGUGAAUACAACAUGUCAGGACGUAGUUUUUGCUUUAGCUCAUGCCACUGGAAAAGUGGGACGUUUUACACUUAUUGAGCGUUGGCGCAACAAUGAACGUUUGCUGGCCCCAAAUGAAAAUCCUUUAAAAUUGCUGCUAAAAUGGGGUGAAUAUGCGAAUGAUGUGCAAUUUAUAUUGCAGCGUUCAGAAAGUAAACAACAGCAGCAACAACAACUACAACAACAACAUAUGAAACAAGAAACGCAACAACAACACAAUACAACUAAUAAUAACAACAAUAGUAAUAAUAAUAAUAUUAAUAAUACAAACAAUAAUAACAAUGAAAGCACAACUGUGAUGUUAAAUAAAAAACCUUUGGGUUUAAGCAAUAUUAAUAACCACAACAACAAUAAUAACAAUAAUAAUAAUAGUAAUUUAACUAAGCAAAUUAACAAUAAUAACAAUAACAAUAAUAAUAAUAGCAAUAGUUCUAGUAAUACAAUUGAUAAUGCAUUAAAUGCAAACACAACAACAACAUCCACAAUAACAACACAGCAACAUCAAAAACCUUUAACUAUGGAACUGAGCUUGAAUGCAGCACAUGAACGGGCCAAAGAGUUAAAAAAGAGUUUUGGUGUUGUUCAUGAGGCAAAAUACUCUGAAAAUAUUGGCAUUGUUAAGGGUAUACCACAACGCAAUAACAACAGUAACAGCAACAAUUUGGCGGCAGCUGCUACAACAAAAACAACCAACCCAACAGCAUCUCUAAUACCACGUCAUGAAAAAUCACAUUCCAAUCCAAUAGAAAUGCCCUCAUCUGCUAGCAGUGCUGGUGGCCUUGGUAAUUUUGAGGCAGGCAAUACUAUAUUUAAAGGAAAUGGUGCUUAUCAAGAACACAACAACCACAGCACCAACAACAACAAUAAUAAUAAUAACCACAAUAACACAAAUAAUAUUUAUCAACAAUUGGGUGCUCAUAAUAGUAAGUCUAUAAAUGAAAUAAAUUUAGCUGAAGUACGCAAUGCUUUAGAUCGCCGCACCAUGUUGACGACAACGACAACGAAUACUAAUGCUGCAGCAACACAAAACUCCUCGAGUAUGGGCGGCAGUGCUGAAAUCAUAUUCACCAACACAAAUCAAUCAUUACAAGCGAGUAAUUCCAAUCAAAGCAACGAAAAUCUUUUAGAUAUAUUUAAUGGCAAUGCCACAACUACAACAAAUGGCAGUAAUGCGAAAUUUUCUCCCAAUUCACCCAAUGAUUUGUAUAAACAAGCCACCACUAUAUCGGCAAAUGGUGCUCUAGUGCCACCACCCUAUAGAGAUCCACCACCGCCUCGCAAUAGUCCAUUGCAGCAGCAGCUUAAUGGUGCGCCAACAGCCCAGUUACCCAAUUCAAAUUUUUCUUCACAAUCGGUUUCACCUCAACAUCCGGCAAAUGCUUUAUAUUCCAAUCAACCAAUUUUGCCGUCAACACAGCAACAGCAGCAGCAAUCGGAUUAUGCCGAUUAUGCAGAUUAUCAGCAAAUUAAUGAUUUAGUUUUGCCCACAAAUAUGGAUGAAAGUGAAAGUAUUUUUCAGGCCACUCAAUACAAUGAUCUGUUGCAAUUGAUCAAGUUUCAGCGUGAAAAAAUCAAUCAGCAGCAAAUGGAAUUGACAAAGUACGAUGCCGAAAUUGUUUAUUUGGAGUCCAAGGAACGUGAUCAGGCUCAAGAAUUGGAAGCCAUAUCAAGGGAAAUCACCAAGGCUGAUCAAUUGUUUCGGCAAGGCAGUGAACAGCUACAAACUUUACAAUAUGUCGAAGAAGAAAAUGAGUUGGUUAAACAACAAGAGAAAACCCUUAAGUCCGAAAUUGCUUUGCUGCGUUCAAAAUUGGCCAAUUGUGAAACGGAAUUGUUGCAGUGUAAAAAUAAAAUACGUCUACUAAUGGAUGAUAUUGAAAUCGAACAGAGAGCCAUAACAAGUUCUAAGCAGAAUAUAAGGCAAAAUGUCGAACGUGAUUUUCUUAUGGAAAUGGAGCGCAUACAAGGUGAAAUUGAUCAAGCCAUACAUAAUACCGAUUCCUCCAAUAAAACAGCUGAGAGUUUGAAAAAGGAAAUUUUGCUUAUUGAAACUGCUAUAGCGGAGAAAAAGAGACAGGUGGAACAAUUGGUUAAUGAAAUGAAGGAGGUGAAUCUACAAAGUUUGACCGUAACAACAUCUGAGGAAAUCAAACAUUUAUUGGAAGGCUCCAACAAACCCGGCAGUAGUCGACGUAUUAUUGGUUCACCACGACAAUUAGAGAAUGCCGUACCCACUAGUAAAAAUCCUCAUGGAGUUUGGGUUUAAACAAAAACCACAGGCAAAUUCCAAUCAACUAUAAAAACCAGGUUUAUUAUCAACAAUUGUUAAACUAUUUUUUCUCUCUUGGUUUUAUGUUAUAAACAAAGAGACAGGCUACAAAAAUAACGAACUUAUACAUAUAUGGAAAUAAAAAUGGGAACAAAAAUAAUGGUAACACACAGCCCGUAUUAACAGAAACAUAUCGAUAACAUUAUAGAAAUACAUAGUUAAAAAACACACACAAGUGAAAUAAUAGAAUUAACCACUCUACAAGCAAGCAGCAUACAUUCUUAUAUAAAACAAGAAUAAUUUAUAAAAGAACAAAAGUUUAAAUUUUUUAACGAAUAAUUAAAACAAUGAAAUGAUUACAACUUUUUAUUAUUUUUUGGAAUUUGAAAAACAAAUGAAACGAAUUAGUUGAUGUGUUAGUUCUUUAUCAUAUCUAUAAACAACAAAAAAACGAUCUCUCUAUAUAUAUCAAUACAUAUUAUUAAUGAAAUACAUACAUACAUAGAAAACUUCAUCAUAUCAAAAACUAUCUUAACUCUUAACAAUCAAAUCAUUCCAUUAUUAAACCAAUUUUAUUUUUAUAAGAAAUUUAUAUUUUUAUUCUUAUUUUUUACUGCCUUUUUGUAACAAAUUUUUGUUUGUCGUUUUUAUUUAUCACACAAAAGUUCAAAUUUUCUUUUUUAUGUUUAAUUUACGCUUUAAUGAAAAAUUACAGGGAUGAAUUAAAUUUAUCUUGUUUAUUAGGGAAUGGGUGUCGAACUUUUUUAAUGAAAUUUUUAUAUUUUAUUUUGUUUACAAAAUUUUAUUUUAUUUUUCGAGUAUACAAAACGUUUUAUUCGACACCAAACACUUUGUAUUCCAGUCUAUAGUAUUUUAUUCUCUACUUUUAUAUUGCACGUCUUUGCUGUUUUAACUGCACCCAUAUAAAAAAACCUGAUGACACACCCUGACUCUCAAAAUGUACGAAAAUAUUGCGACUCUAAAAAUUUUGUGAAAAAGUAUAUCAAUAAUUUUACAGAUUAUUUGAAUAGCUAAUUUUGCGGAUAAUAGAUUAUUCAGGAAAUUGAUUUAAAAAAUGUAUGUAGCUAAACAACUAGUUUUUAGUAACUAAUUAUUUGAUUAAUCAUUUAUCCGAAUAUCCGGUUAUUCGCUUCAUUGAAAAAUAGAUAAUUUUUUAUGCUAAAUUU